AUGGCCGAUGCAGUAGAUCGCCUCGGAAGAAAGUCAAGCUGGUCGUUCUUUGCCAAAGUUGCUUCUCUGUACUGCUGUCUCAGAAGACUAAUGGAGCACUUACAGCAACGGAAAAGCGACUCGUCUCCCGCCAAACAUGUUCACCGCCCAGAACACUUUGGUAGCAUAUUCACCAUUGAGGACGACCCGAAAGCGAAACCCGACAAGGACGAGGAGAGGCAGAUCAAGGGCGUCCUGGAGCGGCUGCGAAGCUAUGGCAUCAAUACUAUGGUCGAGUCGAACGCAAAAUAUGCCUUGAGAAUAACACACGGUGGAGCAGGUGGAGAACAGGCAUUCCGGCUAUUGAUGCUCUUGCAAGAAACUUAUGAGGGCAUUGUGAAGCCAUAUCAGCCUACCACGAAGCUAGUCGGCGCAGUCAAUCGAGACUCUGUGACCUGCUAUCUGGACGCACUCCUCUUUGCUAUGUUUGCACGUCUCGAUAGUUUCGAGGCUAUGCUUUAUGAUAACUUUGAGGACGUACCCAGAAAGAAGCUUGCGGGUCUGCUAAGGCUGUGGGUAAACAUGCUACGAACGGGAAGACUGAUCACAGUGGACAUCACAAAGCACAUACAAAAUGCGCUGGCUGAAUGUGGAUGGCCAGAUGCUAUCCGGCUUAAGCAGCAGGACCCCUCCGAAGCCUUCACCUUCAUCACUGGGCAGCUGGGGCUUCCUCUUUUGACCUUGAAAAUGGACCUUUACCACACGGGAAAGGAGGAGCCACAGGAUGACCACAAGUUUAUCAAUGAGCGAUUGCUUGAAGUUGCGAUUCUCGACGAGCCAGUCGAAGGAAGUAGCGUCAUCACGCUUGAAGACUGCCUAGAGCACUACUUCAACAACCGGAUCGAAGUGAAGCGACACCUCGAGAACCAACGGCGAAACACCUUGAAGUCGGCUGAGCUGCAUUCAGUGGAAGACCUGGCAAAGGUGAAGAAGGAGUCCGGACUUCAUGUAGAAGUGGCAGAGAUCGCACCGAGCACAACAGGCACCCCGAUCGUGCAGACGCCGAUUUCUGAAAUGUCGACACCAAUCACCCCCUCGUAUAGCAGGGACCCUAUUGAGAGGUUAAGGCCAACUGCCGGCAGAAGGCGCGGCGAUAGCAUCUUCAGCCAACGCAAAGUCGAAGUCUUGGAGGGCUGGGAUCCUGAGAAGAACAAUGAGGAUCAUGGGGCUCCCCAGGAAGUGAAAGAAAGGAAGAUGAGCACUAGGACUGAAGUCUUGAUGCCUGCAUGGCAAUUCUUCAAGCUAUUGCCAUGGUAUACAGACCACAUGCCCACCAGCGAUGCACAAGUGGCUGCCCAUUUCUCCAAGAAGCGGCCCGUUCUCGGCAUAUGUCUGAAGCGGUAUUCCUACACCAAUACUGGCCAGGCCCAGCGACGCGACACCUACGUCGACAUUCCACUCGAAAUUGCAGUGCCAAACUUCGUCAGCGAUGAAAACAUGGAUGAAGGAGGGCCUUUGGUUGGCAACUUCCGGCUUUUGUUGCAAUCCGUCGUCUGCCAUCGCGGCAUGUCCGUUAACAGUGGCCACUACGUCUGCCUGUCUCGCGGUACCGCGGCCAACGCAGUAUCUGAGAGCCAUGAAAGUAGUCGCAGAGGUAGCUUGACCGACAGCGAGGACGUUGAAGACCCGUGGAUGCGCUUUGACGACCUCAGCUCGCAGCGAGUCACUGAUGUUGACAUACACGAGGCACUGAGGCAAGAGACUCCUUAUCUCUUGUUCUACCAGGUGCAGCCAAUUGGCGACGAUGGGCACUCCAUACACAACUUGCCCAGCUACGAGGAAGCUACUUCAAGAUCGCAGUCUGACUUGCUCCCGCUCGAAGAGAAGCCAUACUUGGAUUCUGGACUUGGCUCUGAGAACACGCUCGAGAAAGUGCCGUCUCAGGCACUGUCUGAAGGUAAUCAAAUAGGGUCUGAUACUGUAGACUGGGAGCCUGGAUCUGGCAGACCGAGUCUCGAGAUCAGCACAACCGUCGAUGGGCCGCGUGGUCGUUGUAGUAUAGAUGAUCGACGUCGAAGCAUCACUUUCGAUGAUGCAAGCGUUUUCGGGAGCAUUCGCACAGACCCAACAGGUUCCGUGCCUUCGACUCCGGCUGAAGAGCAACCUAAUGCCCUCGAAAAGAAUGGCAACAGCUUUUUGGCAGUCGCCAAUAAACUUUCAGGGUCUCGGCGCGGUAGCCGGCAGUCAAAGGGAGGUAAUUCGAAGAGUCGUCCUACGAGCACAGGCCUGGAUAGCGCCAAUAACAGCAGAUUCAGCUUGAAUCUGAACAUGUCCAAGUUGACGCAGAAGAUCAGUCGCAAUGACAACAAUGGAGCCUUCGAGAUGCCAGCAGACGAACCACAAGCCACGGCCACCGUUCUUGAGGUCACAGACACGAAAGACGAAGACCCAGGUGGUAUUACACCACGGCAUAGCGAGGCCCACACUCGAGACCACUCUCAGGAUGUGGAGAAGGCGGCCAUGGGCACCUUAAACCAGACGAGUCUCCAACCUGCACACGCUAAGACUCAUUCCAUGUCGAAGAAAAGAAAGCAGGCUGCGAAAGAGAAGCGUCGAAAAACAGGUCAAGAUGAUAGAGAUUGUUCGGUGAUGUAAACAUUGGCGGUUGGGCUUGCAUAGGGCAUGGGCAUUGAGCGAUCCUUCUUUUUUGCAUUGCAUUCGAAAUGGCUACGGCCAGGAAUUGGAUCUGAACAUAUUGAUGAGUUUCGAGCGUGGCGUUGGUGUUGUUUCGGGAGCGGGAAAGUGCGACCAGACGCAUGGCGUUGGGUUCGCCUCUUGUCACUUAGAUGCCGCGAGGCAUGCACAUAGCAACAUCAAAAAGAUGUUGAAGACGC